AUGGAGGAAAAUGGUGAAAAUGUUGAUGUUAAUUUAGGUGCUGAAAAUGUUGAUAGUGAAAUUGUUGAUGCUGAAAAUGUUGAUAAUGCUAAUAAAAAUGUUAAAUUUCUUGCUAAACAUAAUUUGGCCUUUCGUGGUUCUAAUGAGAGAUUGUACCAAAAUAGCAAUGAGAACUUUUUAGGCUUAAUUGAAAUGUUAGCUGAAUUUGAUCCAAUUGUACAAGAACAUGUUAGAUGUAUUACAGAUGAUAAUGUUCAUGUUCACUUUCUUGGACAUGAAAUUCAAAAUGAGUUAAUACUUUUGCUUGCUUUUGCAAUUAAAAAUGAAAUAAUUACAAAAGUUAAACAAGCGAAGUAUUUCUCAAUGAUACUUGAUUAUACUCCUGAUGUUAGUUACCAAGAGCAAAUAUCUUUGAUAAUACGAUAUGUGGAUGUUUCUUCAAAUUUUGUUAGUGUUGAAGAAUUUUUUUUAGGAUUUUUGAAUGUGAAUGAUACAACUGGUCAAGGGCUUUUAGAUGUUUUACAAGAUGACUUGAAAAAGCUUGAUAUUGACAUAUUAUAUGUGUGGGGACAAUGUUAUGAUAAUGGGUCAAAUAUGAAAGGAAAACAUCAAGGUGUACAAAAUAAGUUUUUAGACAAUGCAACUUUAGACAAUGCAACUUUAGAGUUUUGUUGUAGGCGUUUUGAAGAGACAUUGAAACAUAAUGAGCAAUGUGAUAUUGACGGGAAAUAA